AUGGACAUCACAUAUCCCAAAGGGUCCAUGAAGCGCGAGAUCGAGCGCAAGCGUCUAGACUUCGUUUCAAAUAUCCUCAUGAUCGGAUCAGACAUUCAAUCCACACUCGGUAUAUCCUACAUGAUCACCACCUUCUCCCUGUCCUCAAUCAUGGAUCUAUACCACCUGCACCUCGUCUUCGACAUCGUCAGCUUCGUCGGCGUGUCCAACACAGCCGCCCUCGUCUGUUGGCGAUUCGUCCGUGCAAAGAUCGACGCCUCCGCUACAAAUCCCCACUCCAAAAACACCGGCGGGCGUAUAUCUUACUGGAACGGUCGCUACCGCGCCACCUUCUUCUUCGUCAUCUUAUACUUAGCCCUUCUCAUCCUCCUCUGCGUCCGCCUCAACGAAUGGGCCCCCGACACCGAACCCGGCCGCUGCUACUUCUCUAGCCUCGUGACCAGCCCACAUGCCUCCCACCCUGGCGCCGACCAGAUCUAUGUCUCUAUCACCGGCAGCUGGCUUAUAGUCGUCAUCCUCUCCAGCGUGUUCGUCGGCGUCCGCGGGAGACGUUUCAUUCUGAUCCUCGCCUCGCUUCACUUCCCCCUGCACCUUUACAUGGCGAUUGCCCUGCGGCAGGCAAACCAGGGCAAGUUCGAGGGCGAGGUAAAGCACGAGAACGAGUGGGACUUUGGACAGACGACGGCGGUGGUUCUUCUUGGUAUCGCCGUGGUCGAACUCAUAGCGAAGGGGAGAGAUUACUAUCGGUUCGAGAGGUAUGUGACGAAGCAUGGAGUUCUGCCCAGUGAACAUGCAAAUGGUCAAGGGCCUAGCAAAGAUGUCGAGGCUGUUGGGAAUGGGAACACUUAUCCUCUUGAUGCGUUGUCGGUUAAAGAUGAACAGACCCCUGAAGCGAGGCACUUGUUGUCGAAGAGACAUGCUACAUCUCCGCCAUGA